GGAUCUGUGCUCAGUCGAGCAUUCAAAUCGAAGCAAGAAGCAACGGGCCCCAAGAUGCACGCGCUUCGUACUAUUUUCAUUAUAGGCCACAUCCUGUGGACUCUGUCAGUGCUGCUGGGCUGCAGCCAGGCGGCGCCGGCGGACGGGGAGAAACACGAGCUGAACGAGGACACUCCGUAUAUGAGGCAGCUGCUGCGGUACGCCAAGGCGGCCGAAAUGAAGAGCUUCAUGAAUGAAAAAGCCGAUCCGUGCACCGACUUCUAUGCCUUUGCCUGCGGCAAUUGGUCGCGCAUCAAUUCGGCCCUCAGCCUGAAUAAGUUCACCACUGGGCUGUUCGAGACGCUGACCAAAGCCCUAAACCGCAAGCUGGUGUUGAUCCUCACUAGUGAGCCAAGUGCGAACGACACGCGCGAGGAUAUACAGGUGAAGCACUUCUACGAGUCCUGCACCCGACUGGACGAGCUGCAGGACACCUACGCGCAGAAGCUGAAGAAUUUGAUCGCCGAGUUCGGCUCCAUGCCUGUGCUGGAGGGCUCGUCCUGGCAGGAGGCGGACUUCGAUUGGCUGGAGACGACCGCCCGCAUGGACUACCGCUAUGGUGUGGGCUCCAUCAUCAGCAUCGAAGUGACCAAGGACUUUGCCAACAAUCAUCUGAAUAGGGUGUAUGUCGGCCAUCAGGAAUUCCCGCUCGAGUCACGCAGCAUGUAUGUGGACAACAGAACCCUAACCUAUCGCCUUGCCCUGCGCGACCGCAUGCAGAGCACAAUGGAGCGCUUUCUGGGCGUAGAGAAGAAACUGGCCAAGGCGACGGCCCAGGAGCUACUGGACUUUGAGGUGGAUCUGGCCCAUGGCCUCGCCGAUGAAAGCGAUGGCAUGGACAUUGCCUCCAUGGCGGAACUUCUGACGGUAUCCGAGAUGCACAGACGCUAUGCGCCAACUCUGGACAUUGAGCGCUUUGUGCUGGUCAGCAUGGGCGAGAAGAUCACGGACCAGGUGUACGAGUACAACUCGGAAUAUCAGCGGAACCUUGUCCAGGUGAUACUGCGCACGCCCAAGCGCGUUGUGGCCAACUAUAUAUUCUACAGCAUGAUCAAGGACUUUGCCGUGUCGGCGGCCAAGACGGCGGAAGGCAAGAAAGAGAUGUGCAUUGGUCUCACCAAGAAGAGCUUCGCCAAGAACCUGGACAACAUGAUAUAUCGCAGCUACAAGAACGAAGUGACCGCCCGGGAAGUAGAGCACAUGUGGAGCCAACUCAAGUCCACCUUCAACGAGACGCUGCGCUCCAGCCAGUUGCUGGACUGGAUCGACCGACCCAUCCGCGAGAAGGCAAUCAUCAAGCUCGAGGCGAUGACGAUGCAGGUUAACUCCUAUGCGGACCAUAACUUCACCGCAGAGUUUGAAGGCCUGAACCUGCAGAGCGCCGACUAUGUGGAGAAUAUGCGACAGGCCAGUCUCCUAGGAGUAAAGCAAAUGCGCGCGGAGCUGCAUCAGCCGGCCAAGCCGCUGGAGGCGGGAGAGCUGCUCAGCUAUACGCCGGCCAACAUUCUCGUGGAGAACGCCAUCAAGAUCCCGGUGGCACUGCUUCAGCCCUUCUACCUGUGGGCCAACGCCUAUCCCAGUGCCGUGAUGUUCGGCUCACUGGCGGUGCUCAUUGGUCACGAGCUGAUCCAUGGCUUCGACGACUCUGGCCGCAAGUUCGAUGCUCGCGGCCAAUUCCACGACUGGUGGGACCAGACGUCCGCCAACAAUUUUCUGGAUCGCCAGACAUGCUUCACGAAACAGUACGGUGGGUAUGUCUACGACGGCAUACCCCUCAAGAAGUCCAUCUCGCAAUCGGAGAAUAUAGCGGACAACGGGGGAGUGCGUCUCGCCUAUACCGCCUAUCGCAAAUGGUACGACGCCCUGGAAUCGAGGCCCAACAGCGGCGAGGAACUGCUCAGGGAGACCCUACCCACCAUGGACUACAACAGCAAGCAGCUGUUCUUCAUCAGCUAUGCCCAGGUCUGGUGCAAUGAUGCCCAUCCGCGGGUGAAGGGCAUACAGGUAUCCACCGACCAGCAUGUGCCCGGAAAGUUUCGGGUUAUCGGACCACUGUCGAACUUUGAUGAGUUCUCCGAGGAGUUCAACUGUCCCGUCGCCUCCCCCAUGAAUCCACGCGAGAAGUGUAUGCUCUACUAAUACAUAUUUGGAGUCCCCACAUUAUAGUGGAAUUAUCUGAUCCCUACAUUUUGUACCAUUAAAGUGACUCCAGCCAGA